UCGACCUCUGUCCCUUGCAAUUAUUUCGUUCCAACUAACUUAACCGCAGACGCCUCUGCCCUGUGCCAUGUGCUCAGUCCUCACUCAAUGUCCGCAUCUCUUGACUUCCUUGGCGGUUCCACCCCCCUCUCGUCAUCGUCGCCAUGGCUGCUCAAAGCGAUUGAUUAAGUAGGAGGGUAGAAGAGAUACAGAGAUCGAUGGAGAUUGAGGAAGACGAGUCCUGCGAGACGGUGCCGGAGAUGGAGGCUCCCGGCGUGAGCACGGUGGCGAUCGCGGUGAGCGGGAGCAAGAACAGCAGGCACGCGCUCAAGUGGGCCCUCGACAAGUUCGUGCCAGGAGGCCAGGUCCUCUUCCGGAUCCUGCAUGUCCGCCCGCCCAUCACCAUGGUGCCCACUCCAAUGGGCAAUUACGUCCCGAUUUCAAGAGUGCGAGAUGAUGUAGCAUCGGCAUACAGGGAAGAGGUGGAAUGGCAAGCAAGGAAUAUGUUGCUUCCAUUCAAGAAGAUGUGUGCUCAAAGACAGGUGGAGGCUGAAGCUGUUUUACUUGAAUCUGUAGAUGUGCCUUCUGCUAUAAGCGAAGAAAUCGACAAAUUUAAUAUCGGCAAGUUGGUCUUAGGUUCUUCAUCGAAAAGCAUAUUCCGAAGGAAGGUCAAAGUAAGCAAGACUGCAUCCAAAAUCUCUGAAUGCAUUCCAAGAUUCUGUACAGCAUACAUCAUCUCAAAAGGCAAACUAUCAUUCGUGCACACAGCUACAUCUGAUACCUGUGAAACACCUAGGUCUAUAUCUUCUUCAACUGUUUCUUCUCCUAGCACUAGAAGCCUAUCCUCUAGUGCACGCUCAGAUUGGAUUCACAGAAAUGGAACAGAAAAUGUGGCAUUCCACCAGGCUUCUCUGUCAUCUCAGCAUGAUCACACACUGCCACAGGUCAACAAGUUGUCUAACAGGGGAGCUACCCCUUCAGACAGUACUGGAAGCGAGAUCUCUUACCAUGAUGGCACAACCCUGAUUACGAAUUCACACUCAGUCACAUCGGAAACGCAGCUCAGCAGCAGCAGCAGUGGGAAUUCAAUUCAAAAGAGCUUUCUAAGAGAUACUUCCCUGGAUGGCACUGAUCUGCGGGCAUCAGUUUCAGAUACUGCAACGAGCCUGAACCAUUCGGUUGAGCAGCGCGACCUGAAGCUUGAAAUUGAGAAUAUCAAAGUCAAGCUGCAACAUCUUCAGAAGCUUCAUGAAGUUGAUCAGAAUGAAUCGGUUGACUCCCCUCAGAAAGUAUGCGAUACCUUGGGAAUUCGGCACAACAAGGAGCAAAUUAAGCACAGAGAGAUCGACAUGACAGAACAUAUGGUGAGGAGAUUGGUAAGGAAAAUGGAAAGAGAAGAACAUAAUGUAACCAAAACAGAAUCUCAAACCAGCCUAGACUCUUCUGAAAGGGAAGCAAUACAGACUAAUGGUGAUCACCAAAGUGCCGUCGAAAAGAAAACAGGACAGGAAAUUGCCGGACGAUUUUUUACCGAGUAUAAUAGGUACUCAUGGGAACAGUUACAAGCGGCGACUUCAUCGUUUUCAAGUGAUCUUGUGAUCGGCAAGGGAACAUAUGGAACAGUCUACAGGGCAAAGUUUCCACAUACGGUUGCAGCGGUGAAAGUUCUGAACUCCCUUGAAGGUUUUGGAUCCAAGCAGUUACAGCAGGAGCUUGAGGUGCUUGGCAAGAUCCGGCACCCUCACCUGCUGCUGCUGCUGGGCGCCUGCCCGGAACACGGCUGCGUGGUGUAUGAAUUCAUGGAGAACGGCAGCCUGGACGACAUGCUUCACCACCGCCGGAACGGCACGCCGCCGCUCGCCUGGUACGACCGCAUCCGCAUCGCCUGGGAGGUAGCCACCGCCGUCGCGUUCCUCCAUAGUGCCAGGCCGGACCCCAUCAUCCACCGCGACCUGAAGCCGGCUAACAUCCUGCUCGACCGGAACCUCGCCAGCAAGGUCGGCGACGUCGGCCUCUCCACGGCGCUGCCACUCCGAGCCACGGGAGAAGGCCAGCACACGAUGGUUAAGAACACGGCGCCGGUGGGCACGUUCUGUUACAUCGACCCGGAGUACCAGCGCACAGGCGCCGUGUCGGCCAAGUCCGACGUGUACGCACUCGGCGUCGUGGUGCUGCAGCUUCUAACGGGGAGAACUUCGCCGCUGGGGCUCGCACACGCCGUGGAGACUGCGCUGGAAGACGGUGGCAGCGCCUUCACGGACAUUCUGGACGCAACCGGCGGCAAGUGGCCGCUGGAAGAGGCGCAGGAGCUAGCCGUGUUGGCACUCCGGUGCGCCGAGAUGCGGCGCAGGGACCGGCCCGGGCUGCACGAGCACGUUCUGCCAGCGCUGGAACGGAUCAAGGACGUCGCCGCCAGGGCCGCUCGUCUUGUCCGGUCAGCAUCAGCGGCCACGGCUCCUCCAGGCCAUUUCCUCUGCCCCAUUCUUCAGGAGGUGAUGGUGGAUCCUGUCGUCGCCUCCGACGGGUACACGUACGACCGGAAGGCGAUCGAGAUGUGGCUUGGCAUGAAGGACAAGUCGCCGAUGACGAACCUGAGGUUGCAGAGCAGGAGUCUGAUACCGAAUCACUCGCUCCGGUCUGCGAUCAUGGAUUGGAGGUCCAGCAGCAGAUGAUAAUGGUGGUCAUUUUUGGCGUCCGAGAGACGCAGUGUUGCAGAUUAAUCAGUUUCUUCUCAGUUAGCAAGAUUUGAAGUUUUUGCUACAACUUGUGCAGAAGUAGUCUUGGAAAUUUUAAAUUUGUGUUGUGCAGCUAUAUAGAAAUGUGAAUAAAAAAUACUAAAAGUGGCUCUUAGCUACAA